AAUCGCGCCUGAGGGGGCUCCCCUUAGGGCAAGAAAGUCGCGUGAGCCCAGCGCAUGCCCAGCCGUUCGACGGGCUCGACUGCUUCGAUAGCCAGCAGUACUGCCUACUGACAGGACGUCUACAGGCCUACAACAGUCAGACACGUCGCAGUCGUACCCAGCAUGGUCGGCCGUGUACGCAAGGCCAGCAAGAGAGCGCGGGGCCUCGAUGGCCUCGAACCGGUCGCACACGUCCCUAAGCGAGCUGCCAUUGUUCAGAGAGGCGGCAGAGCGAAGGGAGCAAGCGCUACGCGGCCUGAUGCUCUUCCGCAGGUGCGCGAAGAGAUGUCGCGACCGUCGAAUGCCGACCUGUCAGGCCCGGAGCGCUACGCGCUAUUGGCGUCUUUAUACGACGAGAUAGUCGCACGCACGCUGCAGGAGCACAGCGUCAUCGAAAAGAGACUAUGCGCAGCACUGGGUCUUCAAUCUGACACAGCGUUAGAUGAGGAGCGCUUGCAAGUGUUCACGGAAUGGCUGGGAACCGUGCAGGCUUAUGCAACCGAAGGUCGGAUGACCGAAUUCGAAGCAGAUCCGCCUGAAGAAUUUCAGGCUUACCGCCAGCAGCACGCCGCCGCUGUCGCUGCCGCCGCUGCCGCCGCCGCGAACCUUCCGGCAGAUCCAGCAUCCCACAUUAGGCCAAAUGCUGCCGGUGCGACGUCUGUUGAUCGCAUGGACGGUGCCGAUGAUGAUCAAUCUACGCNGCAAGCCCGGCCGCAUGGACUUGGACAGGGUCAAUCGACACGAACCGACGUGCCGGUCGAUCCUGAGCUGCUUCGCCUCGGGCCUGUUGCGCUUAGCUCAGGCAAUUUCGGCGUAUCUGGUGAUCAAAGGGUCCCAUCUGCAGGUAGCCAGGCAGACGGUCAGGCGUCAUCUUCAUCUCAGCAGCCUGGGAAAAGGCCACCUGCCUCUUCCUGGCGUGAGGCCUUCUUGCGACACAUUGUUGACCGUNGAGAGCUCUACGCUUCGGUAAUUAAGGAUCCAAUCAAGCAGCAGCAGUUAGUCAAGACCACGAUGGAUAAAGCUGCUGCCGAGGAAGCGGAAAAGGCCAGAGAAGAGGCCGAGGGAACACGAAAGCGCAAAAAGGUUGUUGACGGCAACAAGACGGCAGGCAACAACUUCAAGCUACUUUGGCGAGACGAGCAAGGCAUAGUGAUGAGCAUGACUGGCAAACAAUCUAAAUGGAAGCAAGUGCUGCUCCGCUACUGCGCUCCUGAUGGAUUGAGCGGGUCUACAAAUAUAGCAUCGCACACUGGUCUUUUGCCUGCGCUCACGCCUAUGCAAAACUAUUAUAAGGGGCCCAAAACUAAAACGGAGAAGAAGAAGAAGGCGGAGAACUAUUUCUGUUACCGCAGAUACCAAGACAUGGGCAUGAUCAUCAAGACAGAAGCGAUAUUGCCAGGUCAAUUCUUUGUCACUUUCGGAGCGCGAGGCGAUAAGAUAGACAAUGCGGCAUCUAUGGCAGAAUCCGCCUGGUGUCCAGCAACGAAAAAGCUCCACACCGGCAUCAACUACGUCCACGCAUCUGCUGACCUCAUGCAGGAUGAAAAGGUCCGAGAGGCAAUCUUGAACGCUGCAGAGAAGAUCUUCGAAUUCGGCUAUAACCAACGCAAGAUAUACACGGAGGAGCAACGUCGCUUAGAGGACGACGAGCCGAUCGACGACGCCGUGAAUGGUGAACAGGGCACAGUUUCUGUGGCGAAGUACCGGGCUCUGCAGAGACAACUGAAGCGAUGAUCAGGACGAUCAGGACGAUCAGGACGGCUCAGAAGCUUCUGCAUAAUAGUCUUCCCUUUCAUUGCUCGAUUACGCUAUCUUAGUUUACGCUUGUCUGC